CGGCCGGGCUGUGGCGGGGAAAUGGCGGCGCCGGAGGGCGGCUCUGCCGCGAUGCCCGCGGCUUGUCCCGCUCCGCCCGGUCCCUCGGCUCCCGGCUCCUGGAGCCGCUCCUUGGACCGAGCCCUAGAAGAAGCGGCGGUCAGCGGGACCCUCAGUUUGAGCGGCAGGAAGCUCCGGGACUAUCCGCGGGCCAGCGCCGCCAACCACGAUCUCAGCGACACCACCCAGGCUGACCUGUCACGGAACAGACUGUCGGAGCUCCCAGCAGAAGCCUGUCACUUUGUCUCCCUGGAGACUCUCAAUCUGUACCAGAACUGCAUUCGAUUUAUCCCAGAGGCUGUUUUGAACCUACAGUCUUUAACAUUUCUAAAUAUCAGUCGAAACCAGCUUUCAACAUUGCCAGUACACCUCUGUAGACUUCCACUAAAAGUUUUGAUAGCAAGUAAUAAUAAGCUGGUUUCAAUACCUGAAGAAAUUGGACAGCUCAGACAGCUGACAGAGCUUGAUGUGAGCUGUAAUGAAAUACAGACAAUACCUCCACAGAUUGGCAAUUUGGAAUCCUUGCGAGACCUAAAUGUCAGAAGAAAUAAUUUGGUGCGUUUACCUGAAGAGAUUGCUGAGUUGCCUUUGAUUCGAUUAGAUUUCUCCUGCAAUAAAAUAACAACAAUACCAGUUUGUUAUAGGAACCUCAGACAUCUUCAGACCAUCAUGUUAGAAAACAACCCUCUCCAGUCCCCCCCUGCACAGAUAUGUAUAAAAGGAAAAAUUCAUAUAUUUAAAUACCUGAACAUAGAAGCAUGCAAGAUAGCUCCAGAUUUGCCUGAUUAUGAUAGAAGACCUAUGGGAUUUGGAUCAUGCCACGAGGAACUCUAUUCCACUCGUCCGUACGGGGCACUCGAUUCUGGCUUCAAUAGUGUGGACAGUGGAGACAAAAGAUGGUCAGGGAAUGAACCAACAGAUGAGUUCUCAGAUCUCCCAUUACGUGUGGCAGAGAUCACCAAAGAGCAGAGACUGAGAAGAGAAAGUCAAUACCAAGAAAACAGAGGGAGUGCAGUUGUAACUAAUGGUGGAGUGGAACACGAUCUCGAUCAGAUCGACUACAUUGACAGCUGUGCCACAGAGGAGGAGGAGGAAGAGGUGAGGCAGCCCAAGUGCCUGGACACAGACAGCCUCAGCUCCCAGUUCAUGGCAUACAUCGACCAGAGGCGGAUCUCCAAUGAGAGCUCACCAGUAAAGCCUGUAUCCAUCAGAGAAUUUCAGAGAACAGAGGAUACAAGACGACAUUUACAUCAAAACAGGGAUACAGAUGAAUUACGAAGACCUGAAACUCUAAAUUUGAUGCAGGACAAAGAGCAUCACCAAAUACUAAGGAGUUAUGUGGACAGGACAGAGAGACCUCUGCCUGAUUCUCCUUAUUUUCUCUCGCUAUCAAGUCACCACACCCAGGUGCCAAGCACAGAUUCGGAGCUGCAGCGCCGGCACAUCGAGCGCACCCGUCGGGAGGCCCAGCUGGCAGCCCUUCAGUACGAGGAGGAGAGGAUGAGAACUAAGCAGAUGCAGAGAGAAGCUGUCUUUGACUUUAUUAAGCAAAAAGCCUCCUUAAGUCCUCAGAAGCAAAGUCCAAUGGAUAGUGAGUGUCCCUUUCCAUCCAGAAGGUCUCAGCAUACUGAUGAUAGUGCCUUGUUAGUGAAUGGCUUUGAGCCUCUCUUUGUGUUUGAGAUUGACAAUAACACCAAUACCAUUAAAAGGAGGCCAGGCACUCGCAAACAGUCACUCUCAGGGUUGAACCAAGGAAGCUGUGCUACUACCCUGCCUAGUGCCUCUACCUUCAGUCCUGUCAAGAGUGAUGACAGAUCUGCCAUCUCCCCAGGCUCACCUACCACUCAGACAGUCCACCUUUCCCCUCCAUAUCCUGGCCAUGCAGCCCCGCCUUCCUAUAGAAACCCUUCCCAGCGACCUGAGAGUUUCCUUUUCCGAACAGCUGUCAGGGAUGAAGCCAAGAAAGCUGUUGCUUCAUCCUCUACCUGUGCCUUGUCUCCUGCUAAUGAUUCUGCAGACCCUCGAGCGAGACAGAACUCCAAGCAGCGGGAAGAGGAGCUGGAGCUGAUAGAGCAGCUACGCAAGAACAUCGAGGCGCGGCUGAAGGUGUCCCUGCCCAGCGACCUGGGGGCGGCUCUCACGGACGGCGUCGUCCUGUGCCACUUGGCCAACCACGUGCGGCCCCGCUCUGUCCCCAGCAUCCACGUGCCCUCACCUGCUGUUCCUAAACUUACAAUGGCAAAGUGCAGACGAAAUGUGGAGAAUUUCUUGGAAGCUUGCAGAAGGAUUGGAGUGCCUCAGGACAAUCUUUGUUCCCCUUCUGACAUUCUCCAGCUAAACCUCAGCGUUAAAAGAACAGUUGAGACUCUUCUUUCCCUGGGGACAGAUUCAGAAGAAUCCAGUCUUGUGUCCCUUUCCGUUCAGCUCUGGGGCUUUGUGGUGUUUUACUGUACUCUAAUGCUAACGCUCUGUAUGUUCUAUCGCUGGGUCUUUUUUCUCUAGUGAAGGAUAGUGGUGCUGCUUCCUCCCUCCGUCACUCCAGUGCUUGGGAACAGAUCCUGGGCUUUGCCAAGACUGUGUGUAUGAAGUGCUUUGUUUCCCACGGAUGGGACAGAGGUGACAAGUACGAUGUGCAAACACCUUGGUGCACCCACAGCACCAUCCAUGACCAAUUCCCAUUUGUAUUUGCUGUGUCACGUUGAGCAGAUGAAAUGCUUUCCAGGGGAGGAGGUGCUGUCCCUGGGCUCGAGCGAGGGCUGAGGUCAGGACACGUGGUACAUGCUCUAGUCUGCUGACCAGUGGUGUAGUGAAAACUGCAGUGUCAGUUUGUGCCUCUGUUCCCCCAUCUGUAAAAUGGGAAAUGCAGUCACUUUGGUAAAUUGCUUGAGGAUUAUCUGAUGAAAAAUGUUAAACAAUGUGAAGUAUUUUUUUCAAUGUCAAUGUUCUCGAUGCGAUCUUACCGUCUUGGGAGACAUGGUCUGGUGUUGUCCACAGAACUUUCUAACUGGUUUGGUUUUUUACCCCAGUCCUUUAUCCUGCUUCUGAGAGCAUUUGAUUUCUCAAAUUUAUAGACUCUGCUGUAUUGCUUUGAGUCAGGAUUUUUAAAACAACUGUCAAUGAAUCCUGAGCUACUUGAACUUUAUAACAGUUCAAGCAGAAAAUUCAGGGAAAUUAAGCUCUUCAACAGCUUUAAGAGAAAAGUUUUAUGGCACAGAAAUAAAAAUCUUUAUGAUCCUGUCAAGUGCUACAGAAUGCAUUUUACUGUGAUCUGGAUAAGACUUACCAAAAACUUGUUGAAUUGUCACUUGAUCUUGGGGUCACCCAAGCUUGUUCCAUGCUUAUUCCCUUCUUCGUCUUAUCCUGUCAUUUUCAGGAACACUUGCAUCAUGCAAUUGCACAAAUAUAAGUCCCAACUGCAUAAGCACUCUUCACUGUUUCACAAAACUCAGGUAGUCUUCCAUAAAGCUUCACAGCCUUUCCCUCCCCAGGGAAAGCAUCCUGGUGCUUUAAUGCUUUAAUGUCUCAGGGACACCUCAGAGCUUCAGGGCACUCCCCAUGUGUGUAACAGACCGUGUCUCCUCAGAGUGGAGAUCCAUUCAGGGAGCUCUUCUCAGAGACCAGUGACAGGUAAGUGUUCAGGAAAUGGCUGUUCCAAAUGCCUGUUCAAUAAAUUUCUGUUGUAUCUGCAAGUGCAGUAAAUGGCUUGGAAUCCGGGUGCAAGUGGUGUUGGCAUUCCAGCCAUAACCUGGAACACCUCUGAAGCACAGUUUAAGGUACACAGGAGUUCAGUUGCAAAUGUGGUCAGUACCAGUAAAAAUGUGUUAUGUGUAUGUGGGUCUCACAAGCUCUUGUACCAUGAAGUGAGUAUUUAUCAAAGGAGCAAGUAAGAGCUGCUGCCUUCUGUCCAAGUCACACAAAGUGUUCUGUCCAAGCCAAACAUCACUGAGUAAAGAAGGGACUUUUGACAGGGGGAGAUUGUUUUAUUUUUAAGUAAGCUAUUUUUAUACUGCUUACUGGUAUGAACUAAAAUGAACUCGGUUCCUGUGUUUCUUAACUUCUAAUGAACACUGUGAUAAAAGCUGCAAGGGGUUUUACACAAACAGUGCCUUCCAGUUUUUAAAUUUUAUUUGUCAUUGCUGUCUGUGGUAUGGAGUCAUUCCAAAGCUUUUCCCCCUUAUCUGUUUGCAUACAUAAGAAAAAAGAUAAGACAUAUUUACUCAAGUUUACAAGUAUUUUCUCAAAAAGCACAAUUUUUUCAUAGUAAUAUACAUUUGCUGGAAGAAAAAUGUAUUUUAGCCUGAGCAUAUGGCUUUCUAUGAGAAUUUCAGUCGGGGCUCACUUGUUUUCUCUGCUCGGAGCUUUGCGGGAGGAGUGUUGGCUGCCACUGAAGAAUUUCUUUAACCUCAAAAAUCAGUUAAGACUCAAGGAGUGGAAAAAUGCCAGUUGAUGUGAAAAUAACACAUGAAAAAUAGUCUCUGCAGCCCUGUAGGAAGGACACACUUGGGUUAUUUUCUGUGCAUACAGAGAACUGUUGGACAUAUAUCCUGACUGUUGUGGAGUGAGGAUGGCCAGGAAGUACCAAGGACUUCUGUAGGAUGAGGCUUUAAAUACAUCUUAGACUGAGAAUAGCACAACUAUUAAUAAACAGUUUGAAACCUCUUUUUGCAUGUUGCGUAUUACUGUUAUUCCUCAGGAUGAUUUUGGGGGCUGCCCACUAAGCAGGGGCACUUUGGGGACCUGAGUGAGUGGUAGUGACUCAUUCCCUGCUCCCCAGCAAGCUUCCCUCACAGCUGUAGCUGAACAGGACUGUCUCCAAAAGGUGUGAUUUGGAAAGGAAGCUGUGGUUCCUCUCCUGCUCUGUAUUGUAGCACAUUGAUCAUAUUGAAACAAAGCUUCCUCGUCCUCAAGUUCAUCUACUUUGGUUUCAUAAACUGCUGCCAUCUCAGUGAGGGCAGAGAUGGAAGACAAUUUGCUAUUCAAUACCCUUUCUCCCACAAUCUUUUUUUCAAAUUCUUAUUUGUAGAGUUUUCUAUUGAAAAAAGCACAAGAGAUUAGCCCAAGGCCAUCCUUCUUGAGUAGUCAAAGGCAUGGUUCCUUUGUCACAAGCAGAAAUCUCAUGUCCUACCCCUAUGUGUGUGUGCUGCCUGUCCAUAACAUUUCAUAUUUCAGUCACCUUUUGCUUAAUUUUUUUUUUCUUUUCAGUUGAGUGGUUUUCAUCCAUUUUGUUUUUGUCUUUGUUUUGUUCCCCAUUCAGGAGCAAUUAUGUUUGCCUCUGCAUAUUUUAGAAGAGAAGGGUUUGACACAGGUAGCUGUGACUGUCCAGGCGCUCCUGGAGCUGGCACCCCCAAAGCAGCAGCCACUUCACCACUUGUCUGCUGUGUAAAGACCUCCGGGACCUUUUGGGUUACCUUGGCUAAGCAGAAGGACCUGAAGACUUUACUGCCCAUGCAGUGCAUCCAAACACACAGAGCUCUGUUCUAAGGAAAUGAGUUUCCGUGAUUCCUGACAGGAAUGUUUUACUUCAUUUCUCCAUUUUUUUUGGAGAUCACAACAGUUUCCAGUAACAUUUUUUAUUACCGAUAUUUUUGCCCCUUAUUUAAAAUAAUGAGAGUUCACUGGGAGGAGGGCAGGGAAUUCCAGUGGCUGGCUGUUGGAGCCAGCUGUAGACACUGACCUUGCAGGAUGAAGAAAUGGGUUUAGAGUUUGGAAAUCAAUUCCUAGAGGAAUUUGUUGUUAAAAAAAAAAAAAAAAAAAAGGGGGGGGUGUUGCUGCAGUGGGCACACAGGGAAUGAAAUUUCUUUCCUUACCCAGAGGGUGCAAAGAAAUGGAGUCUUUGCCUCCAAAGAAUGGCUAUUUCUAUUAAAAUAUUUUCUAAAUUACAUCACACGAUCUUAACUUGCAGUGUUUGAUAACAGGGUUGAACCUCACACAGCUGUCACUUGCCUUGGCAUAUCCUCAUUACUAAAAGUCAAAGACAAAAAACAUUUUUUUUUCCCCAGUGGAAAAAUUACUGCAUGUUUUCUCUGCCAGAAACACCUUAGUAAAAGAUACUAAGUCUGUUUAAAUGGGAUUAAUCCCAUCACUUUCUGUUUGGGUUUUAGCAUGUCUUUAUCUGAACACUUUUCCAACAGCAGUGGAGGGAGAUUGUCCCUGUCCUCACAUCCCCUUCUGGUGGUUUUGUGGGAUCACCAGAAUCCCGUGCAUUUCCAUGCAGUGGGAACAGUGCCAGCCUGCCCUGCUGGUCAUUAGAAGCCCUACCAGCUAAGGCAGCUCUGAGGGGUUAGACAAGGCUUUUAGCAAAGCCCUUUAUUAGUUGGAAUUUAUGUAGAGAGAUGUGCUGGUUUUGCAGAACUAUUACUUCAUUCCUCUUUCCUUAACACAAAAAUGGAAAAUCACUCUAUAGAAGUGGGAGAGGCAGCUGACAAGUUUUGCAUUUUCCUGGAAAUCUGAUGUGCAAAAUAAAGACAGGUCUGUAUGCUGUGGUCCUAGUGACAAGGCCAAGCUCACUACCAGAUCAAUUAACAAUAUUUUUUUCCCCCUACAAAAAGGCCUCACAAAAUCCAGCUUUCCAACCACACAGUUCCUUUGUCAGGUGUUGCCCAGAUUAAAGCAUCCCUGAACAUUAUGCUACUAAUACAUGGUACCGUGAGGUUCUGAAAGCAACUCCAGGCAUCAACCAUAUUCUGACUGGCAUAUAUUUGAAGCAGAAUACACCAAGAGGAUUUUAUGCAGAUAAAGGAAGAAGAAAUGGGAACAAAAUAGCUAAAAGUCAUUUUUGCAGAAGUAAAACCUGCUGUGGGAGCUGCCAAGGACUGGUUUUAGCUGCAUUUUUCCCCUUUUGAUUUGUAGGGUUUUUUCCAUUUUGUUUUGUUUCAUGUAUUUCUUUCAAGGGUCAUUGUGGUGAUUGUUGAAUCCCCUAUUUCUCAUAAUUAUUCCAGUUGCUUCUUAUUGGCAUAGGUUGGUCACAUUCCAUGUGAAGAACAGCUGGAAGGUGUUUAAGAGCGUCCAGCUGCAAAGAGAAACCUCCUCAUGCUGAGCAAAUUCAGAACCCUGAGCCCUGCAGGGAAUGGAAGUGCGAGGAACUCGCAGUACCCCCAGGAAGAGCAGCUCCACAUAGGCAUUCUCACCCCCUUAAGUAGGUUUUGUGUUUCACUUAAUGUCACUGGUGAGGAGUAUUGGUCAUUCCCACAGGGUUACACAGAGGUGUCUGAAGUGUCUGCUGCAGUUUGCUGGGGGGAACAUGCUGCCACUCGCAGGCAACACCACAGACACAGACAGAGUGUUCCUGGUGUGUUUGUCUCUGCACAUAAUUUGAGAGAGAGGGAGGCACUGACUUCAUCUUGGUUUCCAACAUCAGGUCACCUGUUGUUACAGGGACUUGCAUUUAGCACACAACCCAUCAUGGGCUAUUUAAAUACCCCUGUUUGAAGAAAACCAUUCCCUUCAUGGAAUUGCAAGGGUGUGGUGAUGGCUCCAGCACUUAAGGAAAGCGAAACCUAACAGUAUUCAGGUUGGUGGAAUUUUUGUAAUUUAAUAACAGUAGUUUUUAAUGGGGUUGGGGCUCAAGUCUGACCUGUAAGAAAGAGCAUUUCCUAUUGCUGUGUGUGGCUCACAGCCGUGAGUGGCUCAUGGCCACCUGUGGCUGGAGGCCAGGCAGACAGAGAGUCCCUGGCACCAGGUACUUUGUUGUGAGCAACAUUCACUCUGGCAGUUUCAGUGUAGGUAACUGUGUUAGUUUGACAUUUGUAAUCUUAUGUUUUCAGGCUGGCAAGCACUAAAUCUUGUCCAGAUGCUUAGGACAAAAAUCGAAACCUGAAGUUUCAUCAUAUGGUUUAUUUAAUGUGUUACACCAAACCCACUUCAGUUCUCUCUUGCAAAAUGGGUUGGGAUUUUUCAGUGUAGUUAUGUGCAAUUUUUGAUGUAUCCCAUGAGAAGAGUAUUUGAAAAAAAAAAACAUGUAUAAAUUUCUAUUCUGUGUGUUGAAGCAAAGAAGAGAGGUCUUUCCUCUUAGGGGCAUUUGUGUGUGUUGGAGGAUGUGGGAGGGAUCCACUUCAAUGUUUGGUGCUGCUGAGUGUUCCUACACUGACUCCAUGGUGUCACACUCCAUCCUCAAACCUGGCGAGCCCUGAGCAGUGUCUGAGGCCCCUAGUGGCACUGAGGGGCCAGGGCAGAGCAGCUGGGGGCUCCCUUUUGAAGGAGAGGCUUUUGUAAAGGCCCUGCCCCUUGCUUAAAAUCCACCAGGGACAACUCUUUACAGCGCCAGAGCAUCUCUGUUAUUCUUGGUAGCAGGAUGGCAAAUGGUAUUCUUACCCCUUUAUGACUCUAAAUGGUUCUUUAAAAAACUGUUUUAGAAACAGAGGACUUGUAAGGUGAAUUUGGACAUCAAAAAAUUCUUUUGUAUAGAUAUUGUGAUGUUCUACAAAGUGAUCUAAUUUUGUUAUUUCUGAAAACAGUGUAAACGUGUAAGUAAUAGAGUAAAGGAUUUUAAAGCUUCAUCCCAUGCUGUAUGUCUGUAAAUACAUUCCAUAAUUUCUGUUACAUAUAAAUGUGUCUGAAUAUUGUAUAUUUUAAACCGCCUGUAUUCUGCCAGUAGUGUGAACUUCUAGCACAUUGAUAAUAUAAAAGGAAAACAUGGGUAUUUGAAAUAAAGUUUUAAAACUUA